CUCCCCUUCCCGCCCCAAAGAUGGCGGCGGCGGCGGCGUCCACGUCAGCGCCGCCCCGGUUCCCCGGCGGGCCCACCAUGGCGGCGCGGGGCGCGGAGGCCGAGGCGCUGUUCGAGGCGCACACGGCGGCCGAGCUGCGGGCGGUGGAGCGGCGGCUGCGGGCCGGCAUCGAGCAGAAGCGGGAGGAGCUGCGGCAGAUGGUGGGCGAGCGGUACCGCGACCUCAUCGAAGCGGCCGACACCAUCGCCGAGAUGCGCCUCAGCGCCGAGCGCCUCCUGGGCGCCGUGCGGGGCCUGCAGCGGGGGGGCGCGGCCCGGCCCGGCCCCGCGGCCGCGGCCGGGCCGCCGGCUCAGCAGAGCUUCUACCGGGCGGCGGCGCAGCUGAAGCUGCUGCUGGACGUCCCCGAGAAGGUGUGGGGGGCCGUGGAGGGCGGCCGGUACCUGCCCGCCGCCCGGCUGCACCUGCUGGGCGCCCACCUCCGCCACCAGCUGCAGCUCGACGCGCCCCGGGCCCGCAGCAGCCCCGUCAUCGCCCGCUUCCCCAUCCUGCUGCGGCAAGUGGCCACCGCCAGCCACCUCAGAUCCACCAUCCUGCAGGAGAGCAAGUCCCUGCUGAAGAGCCAGACGGUGUCAGACCAGGCGGUGGCCGAAGCCCUGUGUGCCAUCAUGCUGCUGGAGGACAGCUCCCCACGCCAGGCCCUCGCCGACUUCCUUCUGGCCAGAAAACUGGCCAUCCAGCAGCUUCUCAACCAGCCACACCACGGUGCAGGUAUAAAAGCUCAGGUGUGCUCACUGAUGGAGCUGCUGACCACUACCCUGUACCAGGCACAUGCUCUGUUCUACACCCUGCCUGAGGGGACGCCGCCGGAUCCCGCGCUGCCCUGCGGUUUGCUCUUCUCCACCCUGGAGAGCACCACGGGCCAGCACCCCGCAGGGAGAGGUGGGGUUCUGGAGGAUGAGGUGAAGCUGAGCAGCUGGUUCAGGUACCUCCCCGAGUCCGUGGUGGAGUUCCGGCCAGCGCUGCGCACGCUGCUGCACCCCAUCAGCCAGGACUACCUCAGAGAGACGCUGCAGCAGUGGAUCGCCAUGUGCAGCGAUGACAUCAGGGCUGGGGUCAGCAACCUGCUCGUCUACGUGAAGAGCAUGAAAGGCCUGGCGGGGAUUCGCGACGCGGUGUGGGAGCUGUUCACCAGUGAGUCCGUGAGCCAGAACUGGGAGGCGGUGUGCCGGCGCCUUUUGGACAAGCCGCUGUCCUUCUGGGAGGACCUGCUGCAGCAGCUGUUCCUGGACAGGCUGGAGACACUGACCAAAGAAGCGUUUGACUCCAUCUCAAGCAGCUCCAAACAGCUUCUCACCUUAGCCCUGCAGGAACUUGAAGUGAACCCCGGCACCUCUGCCCUGAGCAAGCACAUCCAGUUUGAACACAACGUGGCCCUGUUCCUGUGGUCGGAGAGCUCCAGCGACCUCCCUGCCGAUGCCGCAUGGGUCAACGUGGCAAACCGUGGCCAGUUCGCCAAGAGCGGCCUGUCCAUGAAGGCCCAGGCGCUCACGCCAUGCGUGCAGAGCUUCUGCUCGGCUCUGGACUCGAAGCUGAAGGCCAGGUUGGAUGAUCUCCUGUCCUACCUGCCCGCGGACCCCAAAGAGGUCGCUCCUGUGCUGCAGCCGCGCUCUGCCUUCAACCGCUACGCUGACGCCGGCACGGUGGAGGGGCUGCUCCGCGACCGGUGCGUCGCCUGCAUCCAGCACGUGCUGGGCUGUGUGCACGCAGAGCUCCAGAGCGCCCAGAGCCUGCUGGGCGGGCAGGCGGAUGCUCCCAGCGAUGCCAGACUCAACACCAUCCUCUUCAUGGCGAGACUCUGCCAGUCCCUGCCCGAGCUCUGCCCUCACCUCAAGCAGUGCAUCCUGGGCCAGGCGGGCAGCGCCGAGACGGCACUGAAGGAAACGCGCUCUGGCAAGAAGCUGGGGAAGGGAAAAGCCCAGGAGGUGACCCCCGUGCAGGCCAAGUGGCAGGGGGUGAAGGCAGAGCUCCUGCAGCAGAGCCUGCUUGCUUACCAGAUCUGGAGCUCAGCUGUCACCAAAGGUCUGGUUCAGUGCUUCACCCGCACGUUGCUGCUAGACACAGCUGGCUCUGUCUUGGCCACAGCCACCAACUGGGAUGAAAUCGAAAUUCAGGAGGAGACAGAGUCAGGAAACAGCGUGACUUCAAAGAUCCGGCUGCCUGUGCAGCCGUCCUGGUACGUCCAGUGCCUCCUCUUCAGCCUGUGCCAGGAGAUGAACCGGGUGAGUGGUCACACUCUUCCAAAAGUCACCUUGCAGGAGCUGCUGAGGACCUGCAUGGCAGAAGUGCUUGCUGCCUAUGAAAAGCUCGUGGAAGAGAAGCAGGAGAAGAAAGCCGGCACCUUCCCCAUGACCCAGAACAGAGCGCUGCAGUUACUGUAUGAUCUGCGGUACCUCAGUAUCAUCUUGACGGCAAAGAGCGAGGAAGCGAAAAGCAGCAGGAUCAAACACGACUCCAGGAUUGAGAAGGUGACAGAUUUCCUGGAGGGACACAUAGAUCCCUUUGACUUGGACGUUUUUACUCCCCACUUGAACAGCAACCUCAAUCGCCUGGUCCAGCGAACCUCCGUUCUCUUCGGCUUGCUGACCGGCACGGAGAACCAGUACGUGAGCAGGAGCGGUGCGCUGAGCUCCCAGGAGCCCCACAACAUCCUCCCGUUAGCAGCCAGCCAGAUCCGAUUUGGGCUUCUGCCGCUGAGUAUGUCGAGCUCGCGGAAGAGCAAGUCUGCUACCAGGAGCACAGAAAGCGUUCAGUGCGAUGCUGACUGUGGCUCCUGAGGAAGCCGGGCCGGGGUAUUUCAGCCUGUGUGAGCGGAGUGGCUUUGCUUCUGCCAGGGCUCGCUGCUGUCCUGGCUUUUCCCAGCACACAACCAUCGUUGCUGUUUCCCCCAGUUUGAAACAUCUGCUUAGAUGGAGUUCUCGAUGCAAAGGAUUGAGAGAGCCAAGGAAUACCUCACUGCUACAGGAAGCACUAAUUAGUAAUCUGUUUCCUUUAGCUAUUAUUAACCCAAUAAUCCAUCUGAGGUGAUGUCUCUUCAACUGGGACAGAAGAGUAAAGGUCUGGUUUAAUCAGAGAUGCUGGCGUUUACUCUGCAACUCUUGUUGUCCGUUACUCAGAAGCAUUAAAGACCAGACAUAGUACAAGGGUUGCUGAAAAGCCCAAAGCUUCCCACUGAAGGUAUUCUUUGCCUCUUCCACUCCCGCUGUAGUAGGGUGUAUAAGUGUGCGGUGAUGUUUGACUCGCUGUCACCGCUCCCUUGGCCUGCUGCGGUGGUACACGUCUGUUCUGCGCUAGUCACUCUUCUCAGGAUCCCUGGCAGAUGUUUGCUCCAUCUUUGGUGCUAAAAUGGUUCUGGAGAGGUGAAAGUCCACAGUCGCCCAAGAACAGCUCUCUGAGGGCAGCAGCUGCACGUCUCCCUGCUCCCAUCCCCUUGCUCUGAGAGCAACAGCACGCACUUCAGAAGAAUUUCGGUUUUUCUGAGCAUUGAAUGACGUCUGAAGAGUUACCUGUUGCUAACAACAGCACGGUGUGUGCUUCUGCCACUCAGAACCAUCACUAACCCCCAGGGGUGAUGCUGCUUCGGUUGUAGUUCAAGCUCAAGUUGCCUCCUUGCAGCUACUCUAGACAAGGGUACACACUAAGUCAAAGGUAUGUUGGAAUAGUUACUGACGCUUUUGUUUUUAAAAACUACCAGGUCCCAGCCCCUGCACUCCCAAGAGCAGACGACGAGGCGUUGCGCCCCGGCUCCUUGUUCAGGCAGCUUGUAGCCGAGGAGGACGACGCGGCUGCACCUUCUCUCUUCAAGCUGGGAUGGCUUUCUGGCAUGACCAAGUGAUGCAAUAAAAAAUGAGAAGUUGGUCUGUG